AAGGGUUUAUUUAGUUUACGGGGAACCGGAAGCUCCAAUGUGGAAUUGACCGAACAGGACUUGGUAAAGUUUCUUACGUUAUUAGUUUUCUUCUCUCAUCUGAAACGCCGCUGUGGUGAAAUUCCGUUUCGGGUCUGGCUGUCGCAGUAAGCGCUAAACGAUUUCAUAGGGAGAUGGAGUGCUGCCUAGCGGAGUAAUAAGGCCAGGGAAGCCAUGACGGAGUGCUUCCUGCCCCCCAGCAGCAGCCCUGCAGAGCAGCGCAGGGCUGAGCACCAAGGGGGCGUGGCCCGCACCCCCAGCUCCGAGGAGAUCAGUCCCACCAAGUUUCCUGGGUUGUAUCGCACGGGAGAACCAUCGCCGCCACAUGAUGGACAUCACCACGAGCCUCCCGACACCUACGUCUCGGAUGAUGACAAAGAGCACGGAAAGAAGAAGAACAAGUUCAAGAAGAAGGAGAAAAGAACCGAGGGAUACGCUGCCUUCCAGGAGGACAGUUCGGCAGACGAAGCGGAGAGCCCAUCAAAGAUGAAGCGCUCCAAAGGAAUCCACGUGUUCAAGAAGCCGAGCUUCUCCAAGAAGAAGGAGAAGGACUUUAAGGUGAAGGAGAAGGGCCCCAAAGAGGACAAGGCCAAGGAUAAAAAGUCCAAGGAUCUGACCGCUGCAGAUGUAGUCAAACAGUGGAAGGAGAAAAAAAAGAAGAAGAAGCCAGCAACAGAGGCAGAGCCGGUCCCUGUGGAGACCCCCACCUUCAGGCCCAUCUUUGGAGCCCCCCUGACCGAAGCAGUCAAGAGGACGGCUCUGUACGACGGCAUCCAGCUGCCAGCCAUCUUCAGAGAAUGUGUGGACUAUAUAGAAAACUAUGGCAUGAAGUGUGAGGGCAUCUACCGGGUCUCAGGCAUGAAGUCCAAAGUGGAUGAGCUGAAAGCGGCGUAUGACCGUGAGGAGUGCCCGUGUCUGGAGGAGUAUGACCCUCACACGGUGGCCAGCCUGCUGAAGCAGUACCUCCGCGAGCUGCCGGACAACCUGCUGAGCCGAGAGCUGGUGCAGCGCUUCGAGGACGCCUGCGGUCGGCAGGUGGAGGCCGAGAAGGUGACGGAGUUCCAGAGGCUGCUGGCCGAAGUGCCGCCAGAGAGCAAACUCCUUCUGUCGUGGUUGGUCACGCACAUGGACCACGUCAUCGCCAGAGAGGCAGACACCAAGAUGAACAUUCAGAACAUCUCCAUCGUCCUCAACCCCACCAUACAGAUUGGGAACCGGGUUCUGUACGUGUUCUUCACUCACGUGAAGGAGCUGUUUGGAGACGUGCUCCUGAAGCAGGUGGUGCGGCCGCUGCGCUGGUCCAACAUGGCAACGAUGCCGGCGCUGCCGGAGACGGCGGAGAGCAUCAAAGAGGAGAUCCGUCGGCAGGAGUUCCUCCUGAACUGCUUGCACAGAGACCUGCAGGCCGGUGUGAAGGAUUUAUCCAAAGAGGAGCGACUCUGGGAGGUUCAGAGGAUUCUGACCGCUCUUAAACGCAAGCUGAGGGAGGCCAAGCGUCAGGAGUGUGAGAGUAAGAUUGCCCAGGAGAUCGCCAGCCUGUCAAAAGAAGAUGUUUCCAAAGAGGAAAUGACCGAGAACGAAGAGGAAGUCAUCAACCUGCUUUUAUCACAGGAAAACGAGAUCCUGACGGAGCAGGAGGAGCUGAUCUCUCUGGAGCAGGUCCUGCGCAGACAGAUCGCUACUGAGAAGGAAGAAAUCGAGAGGCUGCGAGCAGAGAUCGCCGACAUCCAGAGUCGGCAGCAGGGUCGCAGUGAGACGGAGGAGUAUUCAUCCGACAGCGAGAGUGAGAGUGAAGAUGAGGAGGAGCUUCAGAUGAUUCUGGAGGACCUGCAGAAGCAGAACGAGGAGUUAGAGAACAAAAACACCCACCUGAACCAGGCCAUCCACGAGGAGCAGGAGGCCAUCCUGGAGCUGAGAGUCCAGCUGCGCCUCCUGCAAAGCCACAAACAGCAGCAGGAGGUGACCAUGCAGCUGCCAGCGGAGCAGGCUCCUCCCACACAGCCCAGCCCGGAGCCACGCAGCGAAGAGCAAGCCAAACGCUCCGUAGUCCCCGUGGCUCCUCCCACUGACACGCCUACCCUGACCAAUGGAAAAACCGCAAAGGAUCCUGGGAAGCCUUCACCGAACAAAGACAGGAGAGACACCAGCAUGUGAGCUCGCUGAAGGCGGCGUCUCCACCGCCGGUCCUGUAGGGUUCUCCGUCCAGAGAUGGGGGUUUUUAUUUAAAAAAACAAAGUUUCCAGAGAGGAAUGUGUGAGACGUUUGCAGGGACCAUGUUGUAAAAUCUGCAGUGCCAAGACGAUGGAGGAGGAGAGGUGGAAGAGAACCUUUUACUUUCAAUGAUUCAGGUCAGGAUCGGAUAAAGUGUAGUCCUUAAGACAAGUGAAGCAUGUCAGGAAAUGACCACUGUGCCAUAAAUGAGAACCCAGACUAUUCCAAGAGAACCACUCACUGAGACCAUUCAGUGUUGAAGAAUUUAGGAUUGGUCUAUGAUUUAUUUUAUCUAGUACUCUGGCAUAAAAGAAGAAAAUCAUUUGUUUUUUUUUUAAAUCAAAGCCUUCCAUUAAUAUAUGACUGAAUGAGGUUUCUUUAAACGGCAGAUUUCCUUCACAGCGGAUGGUGCAUUCAUCACAGCAGUGUCAGAACCGGAUGUGCAGACAUGGAAAUGGGAAUCGUUACAUGUUUAGUUUCAUGUUGUGUGAUGUUUCGUCUCCAGAGCGUGUGCAGGCACUACAAAGAGACUUGUUGUGUAUGUGAAUGUUGAAUGAAGCUGGAAAACACUUCAUGUCCUCUGAGAUCCUCGUCAGCUGUUCAAAGAAGCUUGGCAUGACCCACUUUCAAUUAUGUGUAUUUAUGUAAAAAUGUUAUUUUUAGCUCCUAUGUUUUUUCUUUUUCUUUAUGUUAAUCACUUUAAGUGUGUGAAUAAUGCAAGCGUAACUUCCCCUCUUCAGUCACGGCCAAACUGUGGCCGUCUCAUCAGGACUCCUGAUCCAGAGCUGGGAAUCCUGUGACUGAAACAUGCCGGAUUGGGCUCAGGAGCUUCUCCUCGCUUAUUUUCACAUCGCUCAGAGCUUUCCUAGCAGAUCGUUGCAGACAAACUAAUGCUGUGAAGAAUAAAGUAUCAUUCUUAAAAACUUC